CUAUGAGAACACAUUCCAGGCCGAGCAGAGCCUGUCCGGGACAAUAAGGGGUGGGACAAAACUCUAUACUAGUUUAAAAAAUCUCGCAAUCUUGCCUUUAAAUCGCCAACAGAGACAACAAACAGCGUUCUUACUGACGGGGGCUGAAAGUGGAGCCGCCACUCGUGAACUUGUCGACGCGGAAGGAGGCUGAUCCUGGUUCUGUUCGGCGGUUUAUCAGCGCAGAUUUGGACCGAGAUGAGAUAGACUCCAGCCGGCUGUGUGAGAGCCAAGAUCCGGCCAGCUGCCAGAUCCAGCUCAUUCCCACUUCUACAUUUUUCACUCCUCUUUUUUGUGCGUUUUAAGAAGUUUUAUUUCUGAAUCACACGAGGAAACAACUUUUUCAGAACCGUCGACGCAGGAAAGGAUGUGAAGUCUGUCUGGAUGAAACAUCUGCAAACUGAGUUCUUAAAAUGAGACCAGCUGUUUUUUUCAUCACAUUUUGCUUUUCUUUGAAAUCACUUUGGCCACGGAGGAAUACAUGGAGCUGUCUUGAUAUGUGGCGUUUGGAUCUCUCAAGUUGAAAAAAAAAGGCGGAGAAGCAGAAAACAGAGAUGGCAAGCUCUGCUCUGCUCACAGUGGUGCUCGCUGGAGUUUUUCUCUGGAUUUCCGCUGUCCAUGCAGACACCAUAGACGAUGGGAAGCUGCUGUGUACAUGUGUCAAUGAGAAAGACACUUGUGACAAUGGAACUUGCAGAGGAGACUUCUGUUUCUAUACAUGGGUGCGGGGCAGAGAGGAGUGGGGCUGUUUUAGCAGAGACAACUACAGAGAGCAGUGUUUUACCUCAUUUGAGCGCUUCUAUGUCUACUGCUGUCAAAAGGAGAAGUGCAACGCCUUCGCCACACCACCUCCCAACAUUGAUGGACCGACAACAGCACCUCCAUCACUCCCAGGUCCAGAAGUGUGGAUCAGUCUGUCUUUGCUGCUCUUAUUCGUCAUCACCAGUGUGUGUGGUCUGGUGCUGUACCUGCGUUUCCGAUGUGCACCUUGCAAACCGAAAGAGCCUGAAGACCGUGAGGCUCCUAUGCUCAAAGUCCCCAGUGGAGAUGACCCUACAUAUGGGGAUAUCUUUGAUGAGUUUUGUACUUCAGGAAGUGGGACAGGACUUCCAUAUCUGGUCCAAAGGACUAUGGCCAGACAAAUCUCACUUGUUGAGUGUGUUGGUAAAGGCAGAUAUGGGGAGGUGUGGAGAGGAACAUGGAUGGGGGAGAGCGUAGCAGUCAAGAUUUUCUCCUCUAGAGACGAGCAGUCCUGGUUCAGAGAGACAGAGAUCUACAAUACUGUACAGCUGCGACAUGACAACAUCCUGGGUUUCAUAGCUUCUGACAUGACAUCCAAGAAUUCUAGCACCCAGCUGUGGCUCGUCACCCACUUCCAUGAGCUUGGUUCGCUGUAUGAUUUCCUGCAGUACAGCAGCUUGGAGCCAGAGAGCUGCUUGAGGAUGUGCCUGUCUGUGGCCUGUGGACUGGUCCACCUCCACACCGAGAUCGUCAGCUCCCAAGAAAAGCCAGCGAUCGCCCACAGGGACCUGAAAAGCCGAAACAUCCUGGUAAAGCGGAACGGGCAGUGCUGCAUCGCUGAUCUAGGUUUGGCUGUGAUACACUCUCAGUCCCACGACUACCUGGAUGUGGGUAACAACCCUCGUGUGGGGACCAAGCGAUACAUGGCCCCUGAGGUGCUGGACGAGACCAUUCGUGUGGACAUCUUUGAGUCCUAUAAGCAAACUGACAUCUGGGCUUUGGGCCUGGUCUUCUGGGAAAUUACUCGCAGGACCAUUGUCAAUGGGAUUGUAGAAGAGUACCGCCCUCCCUUCUUUGACCUGGUGCCCUCAGAUCCCAGCUUUGAGGAGAUGAAGAAGGUGGUUUGUGUGGACCAGCAGAGGCCCAGUCUGCACAACAGACUCCACUCCCACCCUAUCCUGUCGGCCAUCGUAAAGCUCAUGAAGGAGUGUUGGUACCAGAACCCAUCGGCCCGCCUCACGGCCUUGCGGGUGAGGAAGACUCUUUCCAAACUGGACCAGGACAGUGACUUCAGCAUCGAGAAACUCAAGCGGGACAUAUUAUAGACAGAGCACCGGCAUGAAACAGGGACACGAGACUGAAACCACCAGAAGGGAUUUGGCACCACAUUCCAACAGCAUGGCGAGGUGCAUAUCAUUAGCAUAUUUUGAGACAAUGACUCACACAGUAACUGCAUUAUAUUAAAACCACAUGACUUUGAGCAGGAGCGUCUAGACUCUUGCCCCCACGGCUAUGUUUUUUUUUUUUUUAAAGCUAAUUUUCAUCUGCCAUGUUUCUGGCACUUCUUAGCAAGAGGUCCCAGAAAAGUAUUUUUCUUUUUGCUUCAUUAAGCUAAGAAACUUUUAGGUCAGACAUUUCUACAGCAGAGUCAUUAUCACAAUUCACAUAGGCAGGUUUUCGCCACACAUGGGGCUUGGCUCUCUUUCAGUGUUAUUAUUUUAAUCUCCAUUGUUGCAACAGAAUGAAAAAUCGAGAAUGGCACAAUUACUCCUCCUCUUAUCAAGAGGAGUAAUGAUAUACAGUAUGAUGUAUGGACUUGCCAUAAUGGCCAAAGCCAUAAACAACCACAGCAAGCAUGAAGAAUGGUUGUCUUUAUUUUAUAAUACUGGAAACAUACCAAAGCACAUUACCUGCUCUGUAAGCAUAUUUAACUUAAGUAAAAUCUAUUACCUGCACAUAGUUUGAGCUAUUUAGUUGUACAUAUUCUAACAGCAUUGAGGCUGUUGUAUCAUCAUUGGAUUUAUUGUAAAUAUAUUUCAAAAGGGAUAUUAUUUUUUACUUUUCAGAAAUGAGACACGUUUUAUAUACUUUUUUUUAAUCACACAGCUUUUCAGAAUUUUUUUUUUUUACAUUUCUGUCGACCAAAAAAACAUACCAUCACAGUUACUAUGGGUAAAUGAAUGCACAAACAGACAUGUAGUGUUGUAUAUCUUGAAUAAAGGAUUGUAUUUUUUAAGCA